AUGGAGUUUACAACUGUCCUGGCAGACCUCCACAUGGAGGCUAAGUGUCCCAUCUGUCUGAAGCACUUGAAAAACCCAGUGACGAUCCACUGUGGGCAUAACUUCUGUCUGUCCUGCAUCAGUCUGUCCUGGAAGGAUCUAAAGAAUAGUUUCCCCUGCCCUUUUUGCCACUUUGACUGUCCAGAAAGGAAGUUCAGGAACAAUUACCAGCUGAGUAACUUGACUGAAAUUGCUAAGCUACUCCCAUUACGAAGAAGCAAGAGGAAAAGACAGGAAGGAAAGUUUAUAUGUGAGAAGCACAAACAAGCUCUGACUUUUUUCUGUCAGAAAGACCUAGAGGUUUUAUGUCCGCAGUGUCGUUUCUCCAUUGAUCACCAGCAUCACACUAUUUGGCCCGUAAAGAAGGCYGCCCUCUAUCACAGGAAAAAAUUGGAGUGCUGCAUUGACCCAUGGAAGGAGAAGGUGGAACAAAUUGAAAAAACGAUUAGUAUGCAAAGUAGAAAAUCCCUGGAAGUGAAGAAAAAGGUAGAACAUAGGAGAGAAGAACUCAAAUCUGAAUUUGAACAAAUUGCAUUGUUUCUUCAMAAUGAGCAUGAGACUGCUCUUAGGCAACUACAAGAUGAAGAGAUGGAUAUUUCAGAGAAACUKCAGGAAAACUUGACACAGCUUUCAGAUCAUGCCUCCUCAUUAAAAUAUCUAUUGAAGGAGAUAGAGAGCAAAUAUGUAAAAUCAGAAGUGAAAUUACUGGAAAAUGUUAAGAGUAUCUACCACAGAUGUGAAUCCUCAAAAUGCCCUGAAACUUUUUCAUUCAAAUUAAAAGAUUAUGUUUACCAGCUYCCUCCACAAUAUUCUGGCCUAAGUAGAAUUAUCAAGCAAUUUCACGUAGAUAUAGUUCUAGAUCCUGAAACAGCCCAUCGGAACCUUAUUAUCUCUGAAGACAGAAAAAGUGUGCAAUAUGGAAGUAUGAGAAUAAGACCUGAUCAUUCCAGAAGAUUUUAUCUCUGCCCGGCUGUUCUAGGUUCUGAGGGAUUUCAUUCUGGCAGACAGUACUGGCAGGUAGAAGUGAAAGACAAGCCUGAAUGGAUUGUGGGUGUCUGUAAACACACUCUUUAUAGAAGAAGGAAGAUUCAAAGACAAACAGUUGUAGUACAGGAUGGAUUAUGGGGAAUUGGGCAUUGUAGUCAGACUAAUUAUGUUGCAUUGGGUUCUGAGGAAAUUAGUAUUCUCCCAAAAGUUACACCUAGUAAGAUUGGUGUUUUUUUAGACUCCGAAAUGGGUGAGGUUUCCUUUUAUAAUAUGGAUGAUAGAACUCUUCUCUAUACUUUUGAUGAUGAUCUCACAGAAACGCUUUGGCCUUAUUUCUGCACUGGAACUGACUCAAAACCUCUUAAAAUCUGUACAGUAACGGAUUCUGAUUGGUGA